AUGUCCACGAGUUUUCCAAAUGGAAAUGUGCCGCCGUAUAGCACUCAAGCAAACGGAUCGUUCAAUCAGUUUGGCCGUGGAGCUCCGCCGGGUGGAUUUGCGGGAAUGGACCAGUACCCUCAACACGUGAGUUUCACUCGCAGACUUUCCAGUCGAACCGAGCCUUGUUUCCAGAAUAUGUACUCGCCAAACGGAUACGGAGGAAUGCCGCCGGGACAGCCAAACAUGGGAGGCCCUCCGCAGCAGCAGCAACAACCGCAGUCAGGUGGCCCUACGCAGCCAAAGACACAUCCUCCGCCACAGUAUCACGGAGCAGGUGCAGGCGUGAAACUGCCGGGUUAUGAAGGGAAUCCUAUGCCGAACGGGUAUGUAGUCGUCUCAUUGCGUUUCAUUCAAGGUUAACAAUGGAAAUUUUAGAUUCAUGGGCUACCCACAACAACCACCACGGCCCGGACAGCCCCCUCAAAAUGGACAUCCGUCGAUGAUGGGACAGCCUGGACCGCCUCCCAACUACAACGGAUUUCAGCCGAACAACGGCCAAUUCGGAGGUGUGCACGAUCCGUACCGCAUGUACGGUGGGAUGCCCGGACAACCUCCUCAUCAGCCACCAAAUGCUCAAGGCCCACCGUCGCAGCAACGACAUCUGCCGUCGGCUCAAAAUCCGGCUCAGCCCUCACAACAAAGGCCACCGCCCCAACAGCCGCCACCGCAACCAUAUCCGGCUCAACAACCAUUACCGGCUCAUCUUCAUCCUGGCGCGCCACAGUAUCCACCGAUGGGGCAUCAGCCGUCAGCUACGCCCCAGAACGCUCCUCUGCAACACUAUCAGCCAGCCAACUUUGGAAACAGCACUCCGCCAGUUAGAGGGGCCAGUCACAAUCUGCCACCUUUGCAACCACCGGCUCCGAAACAGAAUAAACCUGAAAGUGAGACUCGGCCGAACAACUUGCCCGGAUCUUUCUCGAAUCAGCCGUACGGAGGAGGAUAUGGUGGUCCUGGAGGUCCUGGCGGCCCUGGCGGCCCUGGCGGCCCUGGAGGUUUUGGACAUCCAGGAAAUCUCGGAGGACAUGGCGCAUAUGGAGGUCCUGGAGUACUUCCAGGACAUGGAGGUCACGGAGGCCCAGAAGGACACGGAGGUCCUGGAAGACACGGUGGCCCUGGAGGUCCUGGAGCGCAUGGAGGUCCAUCUGGAUACGGAGCUUUUGGUGGUGCCCUAACCGGAUAUCCGAGCUAUGGGGCGCCUACUAAUCAGGGACGAACGGAUCCCAGCGGAACAACUGGUGCUUCCGCAGCAUCAGGUACUCCCGGAGCAAACGGGAUGCAUCCGCCACCAGGAGGACAAGGGCCGCCGCCGCCACAAUAUGGUCACCCUUCCGGGUUCAAUCCGAAUGGAGCGCCUCCGCCGUUUGGGGCACCUAGUUCCGGGACUGGACCUAAUCCUCCGAGUGGAUCUGGAUCGUUUGGAGCUCCUGGAAACAAUCCAUUUGGACCUGGUUAUCCUGGAAAUGCAAAUCAAUUUGGAGUUCCUGGACCCAAAGACCCAGGCCACAAUGCUGGUGAACGUCACACUCCCAACCCCUACGGUGGCUCUAUGAUGAGUUCUCAAGUUCCUCCAGUCAACCAAGGUCGACAGGGAACUCCGGGAUCUGUUCCAACUCCUGGAACUCCAACCGGAACGCCUGGAACUCCUGGAUCUCAUGGACCUCCCGGAACCGCUCAUCCGAUCCAGUCUCCGCUGGCUCAACAACAACCAUCCCUGAGAACACCUCCGCCAUCCCAUCCACAUCAGUCGCCGCUCCAGAAUCAGAUGCUGCCCCAAUACAACCAGAAUACGAUGAUGUCACCGAAUCACGGACCUGGCAGCAGCAACUCGCAGCAGAAUCAGAUGAAGCCGCCUGCUCGCAGCCCGAUGGGAUCGUCUUUACCUCCACUGAACGGACAGGUCAGUUAUCAACUGGAUUGAGAGGGGAUUAUGCGCAGUCCACAAUCCUCGGCCGGAGGGGUCAAUCGCGCGUUAUGAUUUUAUUGAGGACGAGCCCCGCCGCUAUGCGUGACCUUGCAACGCAUACGCGAGAAGUCAGUCUGCUCCUAGUACCAAUUAUGUGCGCGGCCUCUGAGAAGACAGACGAGGGGGUUGAAACGGAGAAAAGAAAACAAUUGGAUGGAGAGAAACUGAUCAUGUAACGGAGAGUGUGAAGGGGGAAUUAAACAAAUUGAGUCUUUCGCCGCUUUCAAGAAUUUUGGUAGGCUCAUUCGUUAGUGUUUCUCUACAUUCUGAAGUUUUAGCACCCGUAGAUCAAGACCCAUUCAAUUGUUGUUUUGCCAAGUUCCUGCCCUUCAUUGAAAUACAUUUUGGGCGCAAACUUCAAAUUGUGGUGACAGAAAGUCGGGCCACGCUUUCCGUUUCUUCUUCUCUCCGCGUCACCGAAUCGUUCUCUGUUCUAAUGAGAUAGUUGGAAUGAAUUGAUUUUAUGACCCACUAUCUUCUCUGUUUUGCCUUCUUUUGAGAGACACACAGAAACACGCCACGCUCUUUCUUUCGCGAGGAUUUUACCCGGGACACUCACUUGCCUUCUUUCUCCCUCUUUCUCUCUUUCUCUCUCUCUCCCUCACUCACAUACACACUCACAAGUCUGAAGAAAUGAAUAGAUCUGGGCGAGGGAAAGAGAGAAACGAGAGCGAAAGGACGAAAAAAGCGCAGAUGAAGAACCAGAUAAGCGCGUUUGUCCUAUUUUCGGCCUACCAAGCGCUGGACUAUUGAAGAAGUCAUAGAGGGGGACAAAAAUAACGGCGUAUCGAUUAAUAUAAUCUAAAAUUAAAAUAUUUCAGUACCAGCCGAUGACGCAGAAUAACAAGCCGUCGCCAGUGAACCCGCCGAGUGCAGAGCCUACGUUCAAGGAGCCGGCGAUGCCCGUUCGCCAGUCGCCUUCCCAUAUGCAGUCGCCGGUCCAUCCACCAGCGGGACCGCCAGCGUACAACGCUCAGCCUUCUACAUCGAAGGCUAUGGAACCGCCAGCAAGUGCUCCACAGAAGCCACCAUCACCAACAUUUGCGGUCCCAACUCUUCCCGCUGCGGCCACUUUGGCUCAAGCAUCUUCUAACAAUCAGGUUUCGACGAAACCAAGAACAUCUCCGCAAAAGAAGAAGGACGAGGGCCCCGAGGCACCGACUCCGGAUACGCCAUUCACGACGGUCACUCAUUUCGAGCUUCCUCCCGCUCUGACCACCUUAAAGGAUUCGUUAUCGGUAGGACCCGUGCGGAAUUCCCAUACACUUUACGUGUACAUGCUCUUUUUCAGAAAACACACCCGCAAGUUGAAAAAUAUUUUACGCGUAAGAGACAACAACUUCGUGUUCCGUACCCAGAAGGAACGAAAGCCAAAGUAAGUACAACAGAAAACUCACCGAGUAAAAAAGUAGGGGGGAGGGGGAACACAAAUCGAUUGACAAAAAAAGGAGCAGCUGAGCAGUGGUCAGCCAGGAGGUUAGCUUUUUUGACAUGUGCUCCGUUGCCACGGGUAACUCUGAUGAACACAUCAUCGGUAUGGCAAUGAGACCCAUGACGAUGUGAAAUUGAAAGUGGAAAAGUACGAAGAGAGAGCAUAUAAAUAUGUAGAUUAGAUCCAUUAUUAUAUGUCGCACGACUACGGAUUAGAGCGCGUGCUGACAGAAUACGGAUAAUCUAGUGGUGACAAAACAACAAACAUCAGUGAUAUUUGAAAUAAAAUUUGAGAUUUCAAACUUAAUAAAAACGAAUUUGCAGGCAGCGCCGGCCACGGAACCCGACACUUUUGGAUUUCUUCAAGGAACCAAGUACUUUGAUCCAAAAUAUUCGCGCGGGAUCAACACAAUGGGACCGCCACUUACGUAUCCAAUGGGACAUCCGAUGGGACCGCCAAUGUUGUCCCGCUCGCAGUCGAUGCACAACCCGAUGAUUUCACCUGGGUUCAACAACGCGCAGCAGUCGUCUGGUGGUCGUCCGCCGGCGAAAAAAGCGAGAAGUGGUAGGCAGUCUCCAAAAUCCAAAACACCGACAUCAAAUCUAUCUUCUGAUUUCAGCUUCUGACGCGUCGGAGCCCGGAUUCAACGUGCCCCUACCUCCGUCGAGACAUCAAAUGCGGCCGGCUGAUCCGAGACAAAUGCAAUCGAUGCAAAUGUAUCAUCAACAAAUGCAAAAAAUGCAUAUUCAGCAACAAAUGGCUGCUCAACAACAGCACAUGGCUCGUCAGCAGCAAAUGAAUGCUAUGGGGCCAGGUGGACCCGCUCCCGGAGGCAUUUCGCCAGCCCCUGGAUCCGCGCAGCUCCCUCCGCUGGCACCGCCAUCCCUUCAGCGUACCGAGUCGAUGCCUCAGCUUCCAUCCCAACAGCAGCAGCAGCAGCAGCCACCGCCAAUGAACCCGCACAUGGGAGGAAUGCCUCCGAUGAACGGCAACGCGCCAGAAGGUUAGUCUUUGCACCGCCGUGUUCGAAACCGUGUCGAUGAUAGGUUAUUACAGGGCCGACGCCCAACAACAAUUCUGGCUCCAUCAACGGAACUGGGCUCCCCCCACUGACCUUGGGAAGCCGGGCGCCGGCUGGAAUCCGAAGCCAUGAUUUCCCGGGACCAUCGACCUCUUCGUCGUCACAAGCACAAGGUCCGUGCGCCAGUUGUCAUCAAGUUAUUUUGGUAAGAAGUGAAAGCAAAGUUUCAAUCAAUAAUCGCUUUUUCCUUUCAGCCCGGGUCUUCUACCCUGUGUUGUAUGUUUCAUGACUGCAAGAACGUGUUCCAUAGGCAGUGCACCCGUCUUUCUUCCACUGCAAUGACUCUUUUUGAUCGCGACAAUCAGCAUGCUCGUUGGGUUUGUCCGAAUUGUGAGCCCCAAAUUCGUCAGCCUCCCCAAGUACAAAAUGCCUGA